AGAGAAAAAUAACAUGAGAACACUAUACAAUGAAUAUGUCCCGUUACGGCUAGAAAGCCAUCUCCAAACCUGUUUGUAGAGGCUCAUCUUAUUCAAGAUGCUCCUGAAGAACUUUCCUGCCUUUUCAUAUAAGCUUUAAUACACAUUGCAGAUGCGAUCUCAAACACUCUUCCCUCAUGUCUCUUCCCCUUUUUGUUGCAACUGCUUUAAAUAUAGUUGUUUAGAUUCUGAACUGUUUACUACAAAGGGACAAAUUUUCACCAGUUUCAUAUACCCCCAAGUAUAAUAGAAACUAUAAUGUAAAAAAUAUAAUACUGUCCUCCAGUUGAAUUCUCAAUAUUACAUCCAUAAAUAUAAACAAUUAAGGCCCCAGCAUUACCUAUAUUCUCACAUGGGUAUUUCACCUAGUUGAAUUUGCAAGCAACAGCUGCAUAAUCGUCAUACACGAAGCUAAAGUUGCCAUCAAUAAUAGAAAAGUCUUUAAAAACAUCUUAGUUGCAGUGAACUACAGUACUGCAAUUAAUAUUUCCACUGCAGCUUUACUACAUCAGCUACUAGAGUCUCUUAAUUUGCCUGGCAAGCAGACAUUCAACUUUCCUUGAAUGCAUGCUGCCAGGUGUGCUUCUACAUCUCACUAGUAUGCAAACACGUGGUUAAAUAUAGCAGUUGAACAUCUUGCCUGCUACUAGAAUCUCUUUGUAACAAAUAAAUAGCUCAUUUGUUCUUUCAGAAUAAAAAUAAGCAUCAUCGGAAUAAACUAUAUUUAAAAACCCUACAUCUAGGAAAGGCUUAUAAAAGAUUAAAGCAGUACAUCUCAGGAAAGGAAAAGGAAUAAUUGUUUUUUAAACUGGCAAUGAAACCACGUGCAAAAGAAAGAAUGGAGUCUGAAAAAUGCUAAUGGAUCAAUGUGGUUCCAAAGCAGGGCCAACUCUGUAGUAAUAGUUCGGAGCACAACGAUAGAAGCUGUAGCGCUGAAAAUGAAACAGGGUAUGGAAAACACACAUAAGCCACUCUACACCAAUAUUAGGGAGUAACAAUAUAGAGGAGGGUGGGGGCGGAAACUGGAGGAAAAAGAAAUAGGAAGUGGUGCAUGCCCCUUGGGAGAGGCUGGCAGGCAGAGCCUGAGGAGACACCGCAGUACUGGGGAAAUCGAAGGUGAAACGAGACGGGCCAAGCUAAGACGAUGGAAAAGAAGAUGAGAAAUACAAGCGAAUACAAGCUAAAAACACCAGUGACAGUUUUGGCUACCCAGAUGGGACCUUGCGUGUGAGACUGGAGGGGAUCAAGUGCUGAUUGAGCUCCAGCCGGCACCGAGGAUUUCUCGGGGAGAACCAUUGCCCUCAACCCAUAAAGCUCCUCGCAACGUUCCCUGGAACAAGGUAAGGCACUUCCUUAAAAAAAAUAUUGUUUAGUUGUAUAGCCAUGCAGGGUUGGGGCUCAAAGGUACCCGAUUUGGUUGGUCUGCUUAGCAUAAGCAAAAGCUGUUGUCGGAUCAGACAUUUGUUUUGUCUGCUCGUAAGUCAUAAGCGAAAGCUAUUGCUGGGUUGGACAUUUUGUUUGGUUGUGUGCACAUUUGGUUGUACAAUAUAUAUGAAUAUAUAUUGAUAUUUUUGUCUGCCUUAUUGUUAGGUUAGACAUUUUUUUGGUUGUAAUAUGCGCAUAUAUUGAUUUUAAAGUUUACAUCUAAGUUAUAAGUGGGUAACUGCUGAAACUUGGAAAAUUUGAAUGUUAUCUGUUCUGUUGAGUGUGUGAGUGGGUGAUUAAGAAGUGCACGAAGUGAGUGUGGAGUCCCAAUCCACUGUCCCAACAUCCCACGAGGGGCUUGAUUGGAGAAGGACGAAGUGUUUGAUUUGGUCGUUAUAUAAAGUAAUAACUAAAAGAAAAAAAAAUAAGAAAAAAAAUUGGUAACAUGGCAACAAGACUUAUGAAAUUAUUUAAGAGUAAAUGUGUAGGGAAUUUAACAUUGGAUGAAAAGAUACCAAAAACCUCACCGUUAGGAUGUUUGUUAACACAUUGAGGUAAAUUACAUGAAGAUUUACGAAAACGUCAAAUGAUAGAAUAUUGUAAUAAUUGGUGGCCAUAGUAUGUUUUAGAAGAUCAGGAAAAGUGUCCAACGAAUGGAACACUAAGUUAUAAUACUAUAUUGCAAUUGAUGCUGUUUUGCAGGAGAGAGGGGAAAUGGAAUGAGGUACCAUAUGUGGAUUUGUUCUUUUAUCUGAGGCAACAAACGGAUUGGCAAAAGGAAUGUAUAUUGAUCAGUUGGGAUGAUCUAAUAAUGACAUUAACCUCAGAGAGCAGUAAAAGUAAAAGUUGUUGUUCUGCUUGUGACAUUGGCAAGAGAUGUAUUAGAUGUACAGUACCGAGGGAGGAUGAAAUGGAAUUGGAACUUGAAGUAGCCCUCCCAGGGAGAAAUCGGGAAGAACCAGAAUUAAAGAUAGCUGAACCAGAUAGUAGUGGUUGAAGGGAAAGAGAGGCAGAAGAUUCAUCAAAGUCAGGACCUUCGGGAAUUUAUUCACAAGGAUCUUGAAGAACUAGACAAUAAUCCAAAUUAAUAGCUCCUUUAAGACAGGGAAUAAGGCAGCAGGGGCCAGUGCAUGUGAAAAUGCCAUUUUCUGUUACGGAUUUGAUGGCAUGGAAACAAGCUGCAUGAACGUAUAGGGAGGACCCAGAAAGGGUAGGAAGGGUUGUAGAAACAAUUAUUAAGACAUAGGAUCCUGAUUGGAAUGACAUACAAGUUAUAUUAGAUAAUUUAUUAGACAGUACAGAAAAACAGAUGGUGCUAAAAACUGAAAGGGCACAGACAGAAUCUGCACAUACCAACGAUUUACUUACUGGAACACUGGAACAGAAUUUUCCCACAGGAGACCCUCAAUGGGAUCGGAAUAUGCCAGAGAGCCAUAGGAGGUUAAGUCAGUACCAAAAGUGGGUGCUGUAUGGGGUGAAGCAUGCAAUACCAAGAGCUUUAAAUUGGUCUAAAUUAUAUGUGGUAAAACAAGACAAAAAUGAAUCACCCUCAGUGUUUUUAGAGAAACUGAAAGAAUCAGCCAGAAAGUUUACUGAUUUGAAAUUAGAGUCAGAAGCAGAACAACAAUUGGCUUUAAUAUUUAUGGGGCAAUCAGCACCAGAUAUAAAGAGAAAACUUAAAAAAACUAGAGGGAGAGGAUUCAAGGAAUUUAAAUAAGGUGCUUGAAACAGCAUGGAAGGUUUACAAUAACCGGGAAAAGGAGGAAGACCAGAGAAGGGAAAAGAAAGAAAAGAUUAAAGAAAGCCAACUGAUAGCUGCCUUACUGGGGAAUGUAACGAGAGGAAGAGGAAGAGCUAGAGGACGAGGGGAUUUCAGGAAUUUUGAAAACAGAGAAUUUAAUACCUUUGGAAUUAAUCAGUGUGCAUAUUGUAAGGAGGAGGGACAUUGGAAAAAGAACUGCCCAAAAUUACAACUGAAGAUACACUAAGAAGAAGCAGUAAGAAUGAUGACUUUAGAUGAAUGAAGAGGACCGGAGGGCAGCCCAGCUGAACUUCUGGUUACAAUUAAGCUGGGAGAUGAAGGAGUUAAAUUUCUGGUUGAUACUGGAGCAACGUAUUCUGUCUUAAAAGUUUUUAAAGGGAAACUGGGAAAUAAAACUGCAAAAAUAAUUGGAGCAACAGGGAAAGAGGAAAACAGGCCAUUCCUACAGCCCUUGGAUUUAAAAUUUGGAAAUAAAAUAAUUACACAUUAAUUUUUAUGCAUACCAGAUUGACCGAUACCUUUUGUAAAAGAAGAGACUCGAACUCUUAUGGGUUACUCUAGGUUUGCAUGUUUUAAUCGGUCCAGCAGCGUUGGGUCACCUCCGCAGAGUGACAAGCUUACAAGAUUUUCAGUCACGUAUUUAUAGUAUCUACCUAAACAUUACAUAAUCUCUUGAUUCCACAAUAAAUCUUCUAUCAGUUCCUAUCCUGACAGUCGGCUUCACAAGUUGUUCUGUAUCUUGAUCACUUUGCUGUUUUGCUGCUUCUUUCAAGGAUGAUUGCUUCAGAUUCCAUACGUCCCAGUUCUGAGUAAUCACAAUAGACAAUCUCCAUCGUUUCAGCCUUCUAAAGGUCAGGGUCUCCUGUUCUAAAAAGCUCCUUUGAACUGUCAGGCAUAAUCUUAUUAAUAUUAAACUUUUAUUGUCUAGCAUCUAUCAGCUGACUGCGCUUGCAGUCCUGGUUUGGGCUAUACAGGGGACAAAGCUGAGGUGUACAGCCUACAGUAGCACUGAUCUGGCAUUUUCCUCCAACACCUUUGUUAGGGCAGGAUUUACUAUCUAAGUUAAACGCACAGAUAGUUUUUGAGGAAGGAGAAGUUUUCUUAAAAAUCCCAGAAUCAAAAACAGGAGAAAUACUGAUGAUAGAAGAGAAGAUGAAGGAAACGCAGAUACCGCAAGAAGUAGAUGAGGCUGUCAUACCAAUAGUCUGGAACACAGACAUACCUGGUAAGUCUAAGGCAGCACAGCCUGUAACAAUAGAAUUAAAGGAACAGGCAAACCCGAUAAGAAUUAAACAAUACCCAAUUAAGCUAGAAGUGAGGCAAGGAAUUAAGAAGUUAAUUGAUAAGUUUCUAAAAUAUAGGAUUCUUGAGGAAUGUGAAUCAGAAUAUAAUACUCCAAUCUUGCCAGUAAAGAAUCCUUCAGGUGAAUACAGACUAGUUCAGGAUUUAAGAGCUAUAAACCAAUUGGUUAAAGAUAUACAUCCUGUUGUUGCAAACCCAUAUACACUCUUAACUGCAUUAAGAGAAAAUUAUCGGUGGUUUACAGUGCUUGAUUUAAAGAUGCUUUCUUUUGCAUACCCUUGGAGAAGGAAAGUCGAAAACUGUUUGCUUUCGAAUGGGAGAAUCCACAGACAGGAUGGAAGAUGCAACUGACAUGGACAAGGUUACCCCAAGGAUUCAAAAACAGUCCGACAAUCUUUGGUAGUUAGCAAAGGAACUUGAACAGUGAAAACAAAAUGAUUCAGAACUGAAGCCUGGACAUUUACUUCUACAAUAUGUGGAUGACAUCCUGAUUGCUAAAAAACAAGAUCCACUUGUGUGAAGGUAACAAUAGACCUUUUAAAUUUUCUCGGACUAAGUGGAUAUAAAGUAUCUAGAGAUAAGGCUCAGAUAGCGAGCCAAACUGUAAUAUACUUGGGCUUUGAGAUUUCUAAAGGGACAACGACGAUUGGGAAAAGACUGAAAGGAGGCAAUAUAUGGUAUCCCUGAACCUAAAAAUGUACAUGAAUUGAGAGCUUUUCUAGGAAUGGCGGGGUGGUGUCAACUUUGGAUAAUGAAUUCUGGUUUGUUAGCAAAGCCAUUAUAUGAAGCCCAAAAGAUUGUACCGUUUAUGUGGGGCCCAGAACAACAAAGGGCCUUUUGGGAAUUUAAACAGGCUUUGAUGACAGCACCAGCAUUAGGACUGCUGGACCUAACCAAAGACUUUCAGUUGUUUGUUCAUGAAAGACAACAUCUUGCACUUGGGGUGCUAACCCAGAAGAUGGGAAGUUGGAAAAGACCAGUUGGGUAUUUUUCCAAACAGCUGGACGUUGUAAGUAAAGGGUGGUCUACUUGCCUUCGAGCGGUUGCUGCUACAGUAAUGUUGAUACAAGAAGCUCGAAAAUUAACCCUGGGAAGGAUGAUAACAGUAUAUGUACCACAUAUGGUAAUCACCGUUUUAGAACAAAAGGUGGGUCACUGGCUGUCCCCUAGCAGAAUGAUGAAAUAUCAAGUAGUCCUGACAGAACAGGAUGAUGCGAUUCUGAAAACAACUAACCUGACCAAUCCUGCAGUCUUUUUGAGUUUUGUACAGGAAGAAGAACAACUAGAACACGACUGUCUAGCGACCAUUGAACAUGUGUACUCCAGUCAAGAGGACCUAAAGGAUACACCAUUGGAGGCUCCUGACUGGGAGCUGUACACAGAUGGCAGCAGCUUUGUGGAGAAUGGAAUUCGAUACACAGGAUAUGCGGUGACAACAGAAAACUCUGUCAUAUAAGCAAAUUCUUUACCUUGCACAACUUCAGCUCAAAAGGCAGAAUUGAUGGCCUUAAGAAGGGCACUAGAACUGAGCAAAGAAAAGAAAGUAAAUAUUUGGACUGAUUCAAUAUAUGCCUUCGCUGUAGUACAUGUCCAUGGAAUUCUGUGGAAAGAAAGAGGAUUACUAUCUUCCCAGGGAACAAGUAUUAAAUAUAAAGAAGAAAUUCUGAAAUUAAUACAAGCAGUUCAGAAGCCAACUAAUGUGGUGCUCAUGCACUGUAAAGCACAUCAGACAGGAAAUACAAAAGAAAUAUUGGGAAACAAACUAGCAGAUAGAGUAGCUAAAAGGGUAGCAAAGAAAGGUGCCUUUCAAAUGGCAUUAAUUCCUACUAAAACUAUUACUCUACCCAGAGAAAAAACUAAGUAUUCAGAGGAAGAUGAAAAAUUAGGAAAAUUACUAAAUGCAAAAAAGAAUUUAACAGGAUGGCUGGUGACAACAGGGCAAAUAGUGAUCCCACUACUUUUAAUGAGAGAAAUUAUACAGACAAAACAUAGGGAAUGUCAUUGGGGAGCGGAAACAUUAAUCACCUUCCUGAAAAGGCAAAUUGUAUCAGUAAAGAUGCUAGAAAUGGCAAAGAAAACAAUUGCAAGAUGUGAAAUCUGUUUAAAAAAUAAUCCAUUAUAGAAGAAAAAAGCACAGAUGGGAACAAUGAGAUCAGGAAUAGAACCAGGGGAUUAUUGGCAAAUAGAUUUUUAAGAAUUACCCAGGCAAAAUGGGUAUCGAUACAUUCUGGUAGGGGUUGAUACUUUUUCAGGAGGGCCAGAACCCUUUCCCUGUUGGACCAAUCAAGCAAAAGAAGUUAUUAAAUGGUUGUUACAAGAAAUCAUUCCAAGAUUCGGAGUACCUAUUGGGAUUUCCUCAGACAGAGGUCCACAUUUUAUUGCAGUAGUACAGAAUAUUAGUAAGGUGUUGGGAAUUACUUGGGAUUUACAUACACCUUGGAGGCUGCAAUCUAGUGGGAAAGUAGAAAGAAUGAAUCAAACAUUGAAGAGGCAAAUUAGUAAAAUAUGUCAAGAAACUGUAGAGAGCUUUAUAGCAGGUGCUGGAGGCCACGAUGCCUGUGAAGGACUUUGAAGGCUAAAAGAAGAAAGAAAGUAAGAUAAGGUUGGCUGAACGCCCAGAAGACAAAUGGGAUAUGAAGCAAGGCUGGAGCGGAUGUGCAAUGUCACGUCGGCAGCUGGCUGAGAACAUGAAACUCACAGAGAUAAGAAAGAAGAGAGAAAAAAAAUGCAACAAGUUCAGUGUGUUUGUAACUUAGUAAUUAACCAAUUACAUGUAGCUAAGAAGCGCAUGAACAGUAUUGAUUAACCAAUGAUAUUUUUGUAUGUUGCACAUGAUCCAAACACGAGGAUAUAUAAGCGUGGGUUUUGGACUAAUAAAGGGUCUUCUGGUCAAAUUCAGGAGUCCGUGCCUCAAUCUCCUCAAAUGGUGACCCCUACAGAGGAGUUCUGAAGCCUUGGAAGAAUAAGGACAGAACCAGUUGAUAAAAACAGCAGCUUGUGGAAGAGGGCUGUGUUCUGGAGGAAAUGUCUUGGCUGAACAAUCGUCUUGCCGGCUGGACCAGGUGGGCAACCUAAACCCCAGGGAUAACACCUGUACGCAUCGAGACAGGUGAGCAGCCAAGAAACUUUAGAGAUUUAAAAUAUUUGAAGAAAUUUUAAAACGCUUUAGAAACCUGUACUCAGUGAGACAGGCGAGCAGCCAAGAAGCUUUAGAAACCUGUGCUCAUUGAGGCAGGCGAGCAGUCAAGGCGCUUUAGAAACCUGUGCUCAUUGAGACAGGCAAGCAGCCAAGAAGCUUUAGAAACCUGUAUGCAUUGAGACAGGUGAGCAGCCAAGAAGCUUUAGAAACCUGUAUGCAUUGAGACAGGUGAGCAGCCAAGAAGCUUUAGAGACUUUGAUAAUUUUUAGAAAUUUUAAGAAACUUUAGAAACUUUAGAAAAUGGGAUCCCAUAUGUCUGCAGAGGAAAAAAGUAUAUUAAGGAUGUUUCAGCAUAUUUUGCACAAAAGAGAAGUUGUAUUUGAAAAAAGUAAUUUGAGACUGUUGCUAGCCUGGUUAAAGAGCCAAGGCACCCCAGCUACCUCGACGCAAAUAUUUGAUGUUAAAAUGUGGGAGUCAGCAGGAGAGCAAAUUUGGGAAAAGGCAUCUCAAGGAGAUUUAACUGCUACCCAAGUUAUGACUACUUGGAGAUUAGUGCUCGAGACUUUGAAAGAGAUGCGUGCAGAAAAACAGCUUGGAGACUGAGAAAGGGCAGGAAGCCAGUGUAACAACAAAACAAGAUGUUGCUCAGCAGAUGGAGCCGAAUGAGAGCGAGGCUGAAACUGAGCAUAUUUCUGAUGAACUAGAAGAAGCAGAGUCGGAGGACUCAGAUGAGGAUGGACAAGAUGAAAAUCUGUUAAAUUUAAGAUUGGAGGAUUUGCAGUUAAAAAAGGAACAGUCAAAAGUAAGGAAGAAGCGAGUGGUGUGGCAGAGUGCUAACAAAGAAAGCAGUAGCGAUGAUGAAAAUUAUAUCAGGAGACGAAUUAAAGAAGAGUGGAGGAGAGUGCACUUGGAAAGUAUGAAAGAGGGAGCGCACACGUUUCCCGUGAUAUUACAAGAUAGACACCCAGGUCAAUAUCAGUCAUUUCACUGGGAAAUGAUUAAGGAACUACGGAAAACUGUAAUGCCAAAUGGACUAUAUGCUCCUUUAUCACAAACUUUAUUAGAGAAUGUGAUGAUGGGUCCGCAGCUAGUGACUCUGUUAGAAUGGAUCCGUGACAAUGUGCCGGACUUUCCGCCUGAUGGCACUUUGCAAAUUCCUGCCUGGCAAGUGGUCAGCAGACGAUUGUAUGAUGCUGCUGCGGAGGGGAACUCCGCGUCGGGAAUGCAUUUAGGACCUUGGUGGCAAAUUCUGACUACUUUCUGCCAAGUGAGGACUAAUCCUACUAAUAGUGCUAAACCAGGGGAGGCUGUAAAUUCCACCAACAGUGCGAGUGCUAAACCAGGGGAAGCUGUAAAUUCCACCAACAGUGCAAUUCUUCUCAACACACCGUCAACGAUGGCGACUCCAUCCACACCUCCUCUGCCCCCAAAGCUCCUGUCACUGAUUGCAGCAACCCUCACAAAACAGAACCAAGCGCAGGAACAGGACAACUCGGACAAUGAUUCCUUUGACACUGAUAAACCUUUUGAUCCAGGUCCUAUAGAUCUGGAAAAAGAGCUAGAGCUUUUUCCUCCCCUCCCCAAUGCAUUUUGUAUUUUCGGGGAGGGUGAAAGGGGGUCUGAGGGAUCGGUGGCAGGAAUGCAAGUGGGAAACGCUUAAGAGAGGGGAUUUGGGAGUUGCUAUGGCAUGUUCAGUAUUUUGUCAGACAAAUCAACCUCCAGAGUGGCAGCCUGUACAAUACGAGGCUGUUAAAGAGUUAAGCAAAGCAGUGCGGGAAGGGAGGAUUCAUAGUACAUUUGCUAUGUCCCUUGAAGUGAUGGCAGAGCCUUAUACACUCACACUGCAUGAUUGGAAGUUAUUGCUUUGUAUGGUACUAACUCUGAUGCAGUAUAUGAUGUGGUUAUUUGAUUUUUGUGAGCUAUGUGUAGUGGCCUUGAUCGAAAACCUUAAUCGGGGAAUUGCCGUUAACUAUGAGCAGUUGGCUGGAAAAAAUAAUUGUGCCGAUUCUGUGACUCGGGCAAGGUAUCCCAGGGACAACUUUUUGCAAAGGAGAUGGCUAUUAAGGCAGUCAGGAUGCGGGAGUCUUGCUACAGUCUUGCAGGGUCCUAGAGAGUCAUAUACUAACUUUAUUGAUCGGCUUCAGAAUAUUUUGCAACAACAAGUCGAGCAUGAGGAAGCUCGAGGGUUGCUUUUAAAACAACUAGCUAUGAUAAUGCCAAUGAAAAUUGUAAACGGGCAACUUUCACAAUCGCAACCCCAACAUGUGUCAAAUGAUUAUAACGCAGACUGUAACUCACAGCAGACUGUAACUCUCAGGCUGAGUUCUGGAAUGCAGCAUAACACAUAUUAUUUUUUUUUUCCUUCUCUAAUCUCUUCAGUAGAAUAGUACACGCUCUUAACUUGCUUAGUAAAUUAGGCUGCUAAUUUGCUAAAGAAAGUAAUACUACAAAUACUAUUCUUUUUUUUUCUUUCCUGGCUUAUUAACAGAUGUUGAUUCUGUCCGUCAUAUCUUGCUACAGAACUAGUUGCUAUUGAUUUUUAUUAUUAGCACAGGGACACGACUGUGAAGACUUUGAUAGGAUGCGUUACAUGAAUCUGAGUGACCACUCUGAAUUAAUCCACAAAAGCAUACAAAACUUAAAAGCCUUAAACAAAGAUCUGCAGCAGAGCCAAAGGCGGGAUGCCUUUGGUCUCUUCUCACGGCUGGGAAACUUUGGGCUAUGGAUAAAAAGUAUUACAGGAUUUAUUAUAAUUACUUUAACCACCUUAUUGUUUCUUGCCUUAUAUCUCCCAUGCCUUUUUUCCUGUAUUCAGUGUUUAGUUGAUCAUAACAUAAAUCAGGUCAUGGUCACCCAGCUACACAUAACCUUUGCCUUGUCGCAAUUAACAAGCAAAAAAGAGGAGGAUAGAGAAUGUCUGAAGAGAGAUAUAGGAGAAGAAAAUGGAGAAUAUUUGACCUAACAAGAGAUGAGAGAACAGCUAGGUAUUGUGAAGGAGAGUAGGAAAGAUUAACAUGGUUAUCUAUUGAUAAAUAGGUGUCUGCAUGCUUGUAGUGAUAUAUAGCUAUGUAACUGCAUGAAUGGUUUCUGCCCUGAGCCUGGUGGUGCAUGCAGCUGCGGUUUGUGUCCGGGCUCAGAGAUGUAAAUAUGGGCUU